UUAAUAGAUAGUAAGCUAAUUAUCAAGUAAGAAAAAUAUGGGACUAAAGGCUUUUAUACUUCUAAGCCUUGCUUUGGCUAUUUUUGCAAUUGUGACCUCAGAGGUUGCUGCUAGGGAGUUGGCUGAGAGCUCCACCAAUACUGUGGAAAACACAAAGAAAUCCGAAAAGAAAAAUGAGGUAACUGAUGCUAAAUAUCCUGGAGGAGGAUAUGAAGGAUAUCCCGGAGGAGGGUACCCGGGGGGUGGAUAUGGAGGAUACCCUGGCGGUGGUCGCGGUCGUGGAGGUUAUGGAGGAUAUCCUGGUGGUGGUCGCGGACGUGGAGGUGGAUACUGCCCCUAUGGUUGUUGUCAAAGGAAUUACUAUGGUAAUGGUUGCUAUAGGUGUUGUUACUAAAAAGGUGAAGCCAUGGAUAAAGUCACUCAAGCUAAGCCUCACAACUAAUUCCUAAGUAAUAAGUAUAUAUGUAUUGUGUGUUUUAGUAGUAAGUACUAAUAGUUUUGUUGUUGGGAAUUUGAAUAAAUGUAUCCUCCAUUCACUUAGCUUCAUUGUGGAUGGAUGGUCAAAUGUUAUCUUUUCAUUUGUUUGUUCCGUUCUUAAAUAUAUUUGAAUGUAAUUAUUGUUGAAAUAUUAUAUAAUUAAGUAAUUAAAAGUUUA